UCGCCGCCGACAUGCUGCGCCGACGACUCCGCGAGUGGACACUGUUAAGGACGACGUCGGCCGUGUGCUAAACUGAAAGCGUGCCACAGACGCGCCGCGACGCGAGGAGCGCGCGAGAGAGAGACAGAGAGGGCCACCGACAUGGCCGAGCGGGCGGCGUUCGGCAGCGUGGCCGGGGGCUACGAGAACGAGCUGGCGCUGACGGACGACGAGCCCGAGUGCAGGCGCAUCCUCGAGACGGGCCAGCGCGGCGGCGGCGCGGCCGAGUCGUGCUCGAGGAUCCGCCAGGAGGCGCGCAGCCUCUACGAGGAGAACAUCCUCGAGGCGGCCAGGCCCGAGGCCGGCAAGCAGCCGCAGCACGUGCAGUUCAACCGCAAGGAGGGCAGCCCGUCGAUCGCCUGCAGCUCGACCUCGACCGCGUCCUCCUCGGACGGCAACAGCUGCCUGGACGAGGCGCGCCCGCCCGACGGCGGCUGGGGCUGGGUGGUCGUGGCGGCCGCCUUCCUCGUGAACCUCAUCGCCGACGGCAUCACGUUCUCGUUCGGCGUCAUCUUCCACGAGUUCCUCGAGUACUUCGGCGAGAGCAAGGCGACCACCUCGUGGAUCGGCUCGCUGUUCAUGGCCAUGCCGCUGCUGUCGGGGCCGAUCGCGAGCUUCCUGACCGACCGCUACGGCUGCCGGCGCGUGACCGUGGCCGGCAGCCUGCUCGCCACGCUGGGCUUCGUGGUCAGCUACUUCGCCAGCAGCAUGGGCGUGCUCAUCCUCACCUUCGGCGUGCUGGCCGGCUUCGGGCUGUCGCUCUGCUUCGUGGCGGCGGUCGUCAUCGUCGCCUACUACUUCGACAAGCGGCGCUCGUUCGCCACCGGGCUGUCGCUGUCGGGCAGCGGCAUCGGCACCUUCAUCUUCCCGCCGCUCAUCCAGCGGCUGCUCAGCGAGUACGGCUGGCGCGGCACCACCCUCGUCCUCGCCGGCCUCUUCCUCAACCUGGCCGUCUGCGGCUGCCUGAUGCGCGACCUCGAGUGGACGACCGCGCGGGGCAAGCGCAAGAGCGAGCAGCGCCGGCGCGAGCGCCAGCGGCGCCGCCUCCACAGGCACAGCUCCAGCGCCGACUCGCUCUCGGCGAGCAGCUCGGCCAACAGCGCGCGCACCGAGCCCGGCCGCGGCGCGCUCCUCGAGCGCCAGCAGCAGCAGCAGCAGCAGCAGCCGGCCGAGGCCGCCCUCGCCGGCGACAAGCUCUUCUCCAGCCUCGUCAACCUGCCCACCUUCGUGCGCAACGGCGAGAGGGUGCCGCUGGAGGUGCUCGAGCUGCUGAGCAACCGCAGCAACGUGUACAACGUGCUCGUGCAGAACUACCCCAGCCUGCUCAUAACCUCGCGGAGCUUCAGCGACUCCAGCGGCCUGCGCGAGCAGCUCGGCCCGGCCAACCCUAGGCUGGCGCCGCCGGCGCCGGAAGGCAAGAGGCGCGACAAGAUCGAGGAGGAGGAGGAGGGGGAGGGGGAGGAGGCGGGAGAGGAGGCGGGAGAGGAGGACGACGGCGACGUCGAGCGCGGCCCCGACGCGCAGCCCCGGCAGCUCCCGCCGAGCGAGCGCCAGGCCGAGUGCGCGUGGCGGCGCAAGAUCAGCCCGGACGCGCAGUUCCGGCGCGCCUCGGUGAUGGACCACCCGCGCCGCCUGCCCACCGCCUACCUCAAGGACAUCCGCAUGCACCGCCACAGCCUGACCUACCGGGGCGCCAUGCUCAACAUCAACCGCUACCGGUUGCGCGCGAGCAGCUGCCCGGACAUCUACCGCAACUCCAUGACGACCAUCGCCAAGCAGAAAAUCGCCGGCUGGCAGUCGGGCCUCUGGGAGUUCCGGGACCUGCUGGUCGACAUGCUGGACCUGUCGCACUUCGCGGACUCGCGCUUCCUGCUGUUCAGCAUCAGCAACUUCCUGCUGCACACUUGGUACGACGUGCCUUACAUGUACCUCACCGACAACGCCAUCGAGAUGGGCUUCAGCGAGUCCGACGCCUCGCUGCUCAUCUCCGUCAUCGGCAUCACGAACAUGGCCGGCGAGAUCCUACUGGGCUGGGCGGGCGACCGCGCCUGGCUGAACCCCUCGGUGGUCUACGCGGUGUGCAUGGCCAUCUGCGGCGCGUUCACCGCCCUCAUACCGAUGGCCGUCAGGCGCUACUACCUGCUCAGCACGCUGGCCGGCGCCUUCGGCUUCUUCGUCGCGGCCAACUACAGCCUCACCAGCAUCAUCCUCGUCGAGGCCAUCACCCUCGAGCGCUUCACCAACGCCUACGGGCUGCUGCUGCUCGUCCAGGGCAUCGCCAACCUCAUGGGACCGCCGCUCGCCGGCUGGCUGUACGACAUCACGGGCACGUACGACCUGUCGUUCUACCUCGCGGGCACGUUCAUCGGGCUGAGCGGACUGAUGCUGCUGGUGAUGCCGCUACAGGACCUGUAUGGCCGCUACAAGAAGUCCUGAAAAGAAAAAAAGCACAACGCUAUCUAUUUCUUACGCGGAAUGACAGUCCGCGAGAGGGCUAGUCUUGAGAAUGUCCAGAAUCGCUAUCAAUGCCGCGAAGAGGAAUUGACUUUUCAUUUGGCUCGUCGCGAUCAUCGGUUUGUGCAUCUCUGCUAUCGUAAGAACAAGGCGUCAAUAAAAACAAAAUGCAGUAUUUUUUCCCACGAAGGAUAAGAGUUUCGCAUUAACCAUUGUCGUCUCGAUUUACUUUACUCGGGAGUUUUUCUGUGGAUUUAUAGAAAAAGAAGCCUUUCAGCCGAAGUACUUUGUUUCGUAGAAAAAUAAAUGACGAAAAAAAGAGCAGACAAGACUUAGAAACCUAAACCAUUUUGGAAUUGUAUACAUACCUAUACACUUGUAAGGCGUCACGUUCCUGUAAAAGCAUCUCUGUGCAUGAAUUAUAAUGCUAAGUGAUGAAGUCUUAUUUCAAUUAAAAAUAUCAUAUG